CGCCACGGCGCACGGAGCGUGUUCGCGAAAUCGUAGAGAAAAAGCUGACCAAAAGCAAAAAAAAAAAUAAAAUCGGAGACACGCAGCAGCAACGCACACACACACACACACUCACACAGGCUGGAGAGGCAGGCUAUAAAGUAAUUUUCAGCCAGCACACAAAACUUUGCUUAAAUUCGAAAUACAAUUAUAAACACAUUAACCAACUGCCAAACUGGCAUGGAUAAAAAACGAAACAUUUGAGCAACGUCGUCGACUUUACAAUUUUAUACAGUGCGUUUUCAUUUCGCUGUUUUUUUCCUUUCAUUUUUUUUUUUGGGCAGUGCGAAUAUCGAUUGCUGGGUGCCUUGCAUAAGUCCAGAGAUUGGUAUACCAAACGCAACUCAAGUUAAGUAAAGCAAGGGCACCGAGGGAGAAGAGGAGAAGCGGAGGAGAGGAAAGUGGAAAGGCACAAAGCGAAUGCACAAGAACAACGAAAGGCAACUUGUAGAAAUUAAGUUUUAAUUAUACAUAUUGAAGGGAUAAGCACAAUAAUGAUGACUACACUGAUGAUGAUGAUGCAGCUUCAGCAGCAGCAGCAGCAAAGGCAGCUCGAAGCAAACACAAAGUGAAAUUCAAACAAUUGACAGCAGCAACAACAUCAGCAACAACAACAACAACAGCAACGACAACGAAGUUUAUAUAUAGCGUCAGCAGAAAGCACAAUUCGAGCAAAGGUGUGUGUGGCGCGUGUGUGUGUGCGUGUUUGGCAGUGUGUGUGUUUAUUUUUGGGACAACAUGGAUAUCGCCUUGCGUGGCACAGCAACAGCAACAACAACAGGCUCCAACACAGGCUCUGGUCUACAUCAUGCUGUCUCAUUGGGCAACAUCGGAGUCUCCUCGAAGCCACAUGGAUCGCAGCUACGACUCUGAGGAUGAGCACACGGGUCGUCGUCGCCUGCGUCAUACGCUCUCCACCGAACUGCAGCCUCGCACCUCAGUCUACUCACGCGGCGAUAUAAGGGAACAGUACUGCCUUACCGAUCGCCAGUUGCAUAGCAUUGAGCAACGUCCACGUCGCGAACGAUUCUUUGGCUGCCUCUCUCGGCGAGGACAAACACAAGGGAGCAGCUUUCUAGGCGGUUGUGUGGGACGUCGAGUGCCCUCCGAUGAGAACUUGGCUGCCUAUGCGCCCUUCGAAAAGUAUCCACGCUAUCAGAAUAACUAUACGGACACACACGAAUUGGAUAGUUCCUAUUUUCGCCGUCAACCGGCAUCGAUCCUAAGCACCGGCUCCAAGUCGACGGAACCGGAUUUGGGUGGUCGUUACACCUGGAUUGGCCAGCAGGCGCAGGUGAACAACAACGCCAGCAACGAUUAUCAACUGGAAUCGAGGGCAACUUGUUGUACAGCACCACUUGAAUCCUUUUACCAGGAUAUAUUGCUACGGAAUUAUUAUGUCGAGCUUCGCGCUCCACCACCACAUCCUACACCACCAACAUCACACACCAAUCAAAUCGCUAAUGUAAAUGUUUGCUCUUACCACUGCCCCACUUACGCCACAAUGCCAACCACACAGCAGCAACACCAACAGCAUCAGGCUGGCAAUCCCAGAACCAAGCAUGUGAGCUUUGCGCGAUCCCACACGCUCACCAGCUUCGACACUGUCAACGCGGGUUUCCGAUCAUCGGGACGCUUGAAGAGCGCUCGCAGUCAGGAGCGUCUCAUUGGUGGCAAAAAGCCCAUCAUUACCACAGGCUCCAUGUACGAGACACUGCAACCAAUGCUGCCACAUCAGCAGCAUCCACAGCAUGCGCAACAGCAAGCAGGGCAGCCACAACAGAGCUCCACGUUGCCCAAGACUUGGGUGCCAGCUCCUGUCCAGUUGCAGACCUGUCAGCAUCAUCCCAUCCAUCUACAUCAGCAGUUGCCAGACAACAUGUUGGGUCUGAUAAUACCGCAAGCGCUGCCAUUGACGUUGCCACCGCCAAGUCCCGAGGUGCUUAUCGUGGAGAAGAAGUUCCGCAAUGCGAUGAAGACACAAGCCACUCAAACAGAUGUUGCCGCUCGUCGUGAGGGACUCUCCAACUCGCAGAUGCUGGCGCUGAGUCCUCGUGCACCACAUCGCAUCAAGGUUAUGUCGCAAGGGGCACAAACCAAUGGUCUGCAGAAUGGCAAGAAGCUAACGAAGAGUUUAUCGGAAAUACCCAACGGCAAGGACUUGCAGCAUCAGCACUAUCCGCAGGGAUCUGGCUAUCCGCAUGAGCUGAUCUAUCGCACGCAGUCACAGGACGUGACACCGCUGCAAACCCUCUCGGAUGCACAAAACAACAUCAUGUAUUACAAGCCACCGCCGCCGCUGCUGGACGCACACAGCUAUGGCCUGGGCAUGGAGCACUUGAAUCGCACUCGCGGCGAACAGAACGUGGAGUAUGUGAAUGUGAAUGCCGCUGCCAUGGCGUUGAACGAGAGCUUCGACUACGAGAGCAACAGCUUGCCGAGGCGAGCUUGCACCUCGCAUGCUCGCACCGAAACUGAUUACUUCUCCAACAGUUUGCCACGUCGUCCGGAUGCGCUGCACAGUCACGAUGUGUGCAAGCACAUCACCGAGUGCGCUGAGCUAAUGACGGACAGUGUGCCAUUGGAUUUUACGCGGCCACAUCUAUUGCCACCGCCCAGCGACUUUUGCAAGAAUGAUGAGGAUGUCGUUGAAGAUUACUACGACGACGAGGAGGAGGAGGACGUACGAGCCCAUGAAACAGAGAGCUACAGCUCGGAGGUAUGCAUGGAUCAAGCGGUGGCAGCGGCUGCUCAAAGUCGUCGUAUGUCGUCCAUGUUGCCACUGGACGAUUCUCCCUUUCGACGCGAUGAUCUGCGCCGUCAAUCGAUGCCGGUCUAUGGGCAGACAGAGAAACUCAUCGAUGGGUUUGGGCCACGCACAUCGUUCAGGCGACGCGAUAAGGUCAGUUGCUUUGCGGACGAGCCGUCGCCACGGGAUGAGCAGGAAAUCUUUAUAGAUUUCAAGCCGCAUGUGUCGCCCAAGCCGAGUCCCAAGCAACAGCUGAAGCAUCGCAAGCAGCACAAGGCCGAGAUAGCGAUGCGCAAGAUGCAGCAACAGAGAUUGGCCCAAGCGGCUGCGCUGACGCUGCCUAAGCUGAAGCAGCCGCUGCCAGUCGAGCAUGAGGCUAGAAAAGUUGAGCUUGAGCCCAGCGACGACGACGAGGACGCUGACGACGACGACGAGGAAGAGGAGGACGAGGACGAAGAGCACGAUGAGCAGGCAACGCAAUCGCAUUCGCAGUCACAGUCACAGCACGAACCAGUCAUGGAGCUGGAGCAGGGUGAUGAUGAUGAGCCGCUCUAUGAGAAUAUAACUCCAUGUGGCUGCAAGUUGGAACCACUGCCAGAUCAAGUGCUGGACAAGCGAGCGCAGUUCCGCAAGCGUUCGGUGAGCCUGGACGAUGACUAUGCUGCAUUAACAGCGCCAGGCUUGCGGUUGCCAUCGACGCCGGCUAGUCCUUGUCGGGAAGAGCUGCUGCUGGCCAAUGUCUCAACUUAUCCAUCCUCAGACUCGCUGGCCAACGACAAUACACGCGAUCACUCCGAUGGCAUUUGGAACGAAUCGCAGGUGACGGUGCUGACGGCGGAGCAACGCGAUAUCUCCGAUGGUUCCUACAGCUCCAAUCUGCUGUUGACUCCGUCGUCAAAGCGGAAGAAUCUACUGUUGCAGCAUCAGCAACGCAGCUCUGUGGACACAGAUGCUCUGGACUUUGAGGAACAGAGUCCCACCUAUGGUCUACAAACACUGCCCAAGAUCAUAAGGACACCCACGCCCACCACAGCGAAGCCAGUUGCCGCUCAACUGCAUCCGGUCAUCACGCCCGCCAUCGCUGUCACCCCCUCAAGCAAUCAGCUGCCGGAUGCGAUCAACUCGCCGCUGCCCAAGCGCAGCAUGGUCGCCAGAGGCUCUGUUCCAGAUGCUCGGCAAUUGAUGUAUGUCGCUGGCGUGCCCAAGCAGCGCCACUCGGAUGCCUCGUUCCUACCUUCUACCGGCGGAGAUUAUGCACGCAGCGCGGACAUUUCGGAGUGCAGCACGAAUACGAACACAGAUGAGUAUGCCACCUGCACGGACAACUCGAAACGCACACCAGGUAUUAAGACACCGCCGACAACGACAAGCUCAUCGUCGACCACACAAGUGCCAGUGUCCACACAGAGUUCGCAGCUGGAGAAGACGCAUGCGGGAUCUUCCUUCGAGAGCGCAAGUUCACUUUACUCCAUGCGCGAGGAUCUGCUGCAGCACGAUGAGAAGGAGAAACAGGAGAAACUCCCACUCAAAGCGAAUCAACUCAAGUCCCCCAUGGGCUCGCUGGCCGAGCUGGCAAGGAAAUCACCUUCGCACUCCAUCAGCAGUACCACUUCCUCGGGUAGUUGUCAGAUCUCGGGGCAGGCCAUCAAAUCUCCUGCCCGCGAGUGCCAACCGCAGACUGUGAGCAGCUCUACCUCUGGCCAGAUGAAGGUCAGUGCUGCAGAGACAGCGCCACAGCAGAAACCCAAGCCGGAGUCCAUAUCAGAGGAUGAGCGCAGCGAGGUUCGUUACUCUUCCUCCGGCUACUAUGAGAGUCCGCAUGACGACGAAGACGAGGAGCAGCGUGUGGCACCCAAUUGCAAGGCUCGGCGUCAGCGGCAGGAGGAUGAGCGCAAGCGGCGCAAGACCAGCAUGAAACUGGAUAUUGAGAAGGAGAACAUGCGAGCGCUCACGAGUCCCGUUAAGAAACCCACAUCAAGUGCCGUCAAGCUGCAAUCACCGGAGCAGCACAGCGCUGGCUUAAGCAUCGAUGGCGGCAGUCCCAGCAAGAUGAAGCGAUUCCGUCCCAAGAUACGACGACAGUUGCGCAAGAGCUCACGGGAAGAUGUGCUGGCCGCAGCGGCUGCACGACGAGCGCGUGCCACGCCCACCAUUUACGGUCUGAGCAGCGCCAGUGGCGACACCGAGUUGCUGUUGGAUGGCAGCAUGACCAGCACCAUGAGCCCAAGAGUAACCACAGCAGCAACAGGUACAGCAACAGCCUCAACUGCGACAACAACCACAACUUCGGCUUCAUCGGCAGGAACUGCCACGUUGCAGCAGGAACAGGUGGCGCCUCCUGUGCUACGAAAACCCCACAGCUGUGCCACGCCCACAGCUUUGUUGUCGCCUAAAAUGCCAGCAGCUGCUGCCUCUGUGCCGGCUGUUAAAUCCGCUUCGGAGGCUGGCCAGUUAAAGGCUAAAUCAAUUGAGUCCCUACGCUCCGUUUCUCCCGGCUCGGACUCUGUGUUCUACAGCGAGGCAGAUGGCAACGCCGCAAGUGCAGAUCAGGGUCAUUGCCUCCACUGUGGCAAGGAGAUGGAGGGCAAGACACAUAAUAAUACAGUCAGCGAACUAGCUGGCGAUUCUGUAGAGUCGAUUCCCUACAUCGAACAAGAGGCGGACAUUGUGAAGCCACCCUCGGACUUUGCCGAUUCCCCGGUGACCACUAAAACCACUCAACGGCUAUAUAAGAAGAUGGAUAAACGCUUUCGUUCCGAGGAGCGUUACCAUGGCGAGCGAGGACGACACUAUAAAAACAGGCAGGAGAACAUUCGAGCCAAGAGCGAGGAACGUGGUCGCGCUCCUAGUUUGCCCAACACGCCCAUUCUACGCCCCGCCGGCUCCAGUCCCUGCGUGUUGCCUGACAUUAACACUGAACAGAGUCAGCACAUCAUCUACAAGGGUCAUUACGAUGCUGGACGCUAUACGCGUCUAACUGACGAUGAUUUGUGGACACAACUCGAUCAUCAGUGCUUUGAUCGUUCACGAGAACGCCGUGCAUCGACGGAGUCGGAGAAGGGUUUUCAUGCCAAGUACCAGGUGAUACUACAUCGGUUGGUACAACGACGAUGCACCCUCGAAAUGUACCAUCGGCAGAAGCACAACAACUUCCGCGUCGACAAAACGGUUGUGGUUAAGAGCGAUUCGGGUGAGUUCGGAUUUCGCAUUCACGGCUCCAAGCCGGUUGUGGUGGCUGCCAUCGAACCCGAGACGCCAGCGGAGAGCUCUGGCUUAGAGGUUGGCGAUAUUAUCAUAUCGGUGAAUGGCGUUCAAGUGCUGGACAAGCAUCACACCGAGGUGGUCAAGAUUGCUCACGAUGGCUGCGAGAAACUCGAGCUACAGGUGGCUCGCACCAUCGGUGUGCUCAUGCACGAGCAACUGGAGCCACCCAGUGAACCCAUCUUCAGUGGUUAUCUGUGGCGUCAGAGUGGACAGGCCAAGGGUGCGCCCAAUACCAAGAAAUGGGUGCGUCGCUGGUUUUCGUUGCGGCCGGAUAAUUGUCUCUACUACUAUAAAACAGAGGAUGACUCGCAGCCGGUUGGUGCAAUGAUAAUGGCCAAGCACACUGUGGACUUGUGUCCACUUGACAUCGGUAAGCCACAUGCCUUCAAGGUGGAUUCUGGUGAAGGUAUACCGAUGUAUGUUGCCGCUGAUUCCGAGGAGUUGGCCAACAGAUGGUUGAACCUGUUGCGUCAGGCGGCGAAUCAGGACAAUCAAUGGCUGGACAAGAGCGCCCGCUGUUUGUACCAAAGUCCGGGUAGCAUUUUGCGGCCGGAUUGUUUUGGUCAUUUACUGAAAUUGGGCUCAAGGUGGUGCGGUUGGUCGAAACGCUAUUGUGUACUUAAGGAUGCCUGUCUCUAUUUUUAUCAAGAUGCAAAUAGCAAAAGUGCAUUCGGCAUGGCCUGCUUGCAUGGCUAUAAAGUGGCCUCUAUGUCCGCCAAUGCGUCCGGCAAGAAGAACUCUUUUGAGAUCAUACCACCCGAGGCCAAAUUGCGUCAUUAUUAUUUCUGCACCGAAAGUGAAAUGGAUAAAAAGCGUUGGAUAUCUGCACUGGAAUACUCCAUAGAUCGGUGGAUCAAGUCCGGGUAACUAAGGUUAAAAACACGCUCCAGAUCGGCUUUAAGUAGCCGACGCAAGCGUCGCAGUUUUAGCUACUUCAUGGAUUAGUUGAAUUCCCGGAAUUCCCGGCUGAAAUUCUCUGAUUGGGACAUUAGUACGGGUACUAGGUACUAUCAACUAGCUCUUAAGCAAACCACAACAACCACAGCAAACCAUAGUGAAUUCUAGAUAGAAGUCGAAGGAGAUAAAUAGAAAAUAGUCCAGUGUUUUUUAUAGCAACUAAGACAAGGAAUUUAGAUUGCCAGUCGAAUCGGGUUUAAAUAUGAUAUAUAUAAAAACAAAACUA